AUGAGCCCAGAGGAAUGUGAUCACAUCAUCCGCACAGCAAAACCGAUGGUGCUGCGCUACUCCAAUGGAGAGGAGUACGGGCCGCACUAUGACUCACUGCAGGAUGGAUCCCCACGGGUGGCCACUGUUCUGCUGUACCUCAACAAUGACACCUCAUUGGUCGGCGCCAAGCUUGAUAUCCGAGGAUCGCGGCAGUGGGGUGUCAUCCUGCGCCAAGGGCUCUGUUGCAAUGAGGCCAAGAAAAGGAUACACACAGGUCUGUUCCACCCAGAGUGGCUGGAGCAUGCGGGAGGGGAUACACCUUCGAGGCAGCUGCAGUUGCCAGAAGACUGCGAGGACUUUGACAGCAAUUGCAAGGGCUGGAGUAAGAGCGGAGAGUGCCUGAAGAAUGCUGGGUACAUGGUGGGGGAUGGAGUUGUGCUGGGCCAGUGCCGGCUGAGCUGCAAAUCUUGCGGAUUUGACAGUGCUGUGAACAAUUACGAGAGCCUGCUGUCUCUUGCCCGCUCACAAGGAGCUGUUGGCGGUCAGAAUCGGGGUGCCUGUAAGAAAUGUGGCCAGAUCGGGCACCUCACUAAGCAGUGCUACAACAACAUCUCAGUUACAGAGACGCCCGAACAGGCGCAGAAUGGAGCCAGCAACUUGGCCCCCGUGCUUCCACCUGUGGCUGAGGGCAGCGAGCAGAGCUCAGACCUGAGCUUGAGUAGCUACAGUGAUUCAGAGAAGAGUUCAUCAUCAGAGGAUGAGAAGAAGAAAAAGAGGAAGGAGAAAGCAAGCAAGAAGCGGAAAGAGAAGAAGGAAAAGCACAAGAAGGACAAGAAGAAGCGAAAAGCGAAGAAAGAAAAGAUCAAAUCAAAAAAGAAGCGGCGGGAUUCGCCGAGCAGCAGUUUGGAUUAG